GGAAUUUUUUUUAUUUAUUUAUUAGGCGGCAAAUAAUUAUGAGUAGGGGACACAAUUCGUGAAAUCCCUCUCUCCUUCUUUCUCUGUUUCAUUUCAUUUCAUUUCUCUGUGUCCCCAAAAUCUCUCUAUCCACGAAAAAGCAGAGAAAGCCGACACUGAUUUCCAUUGUAAUCCUUCAAACAAUUCCUUCUCUUCUAAUUCUUGGUCAUCCACUGGCUAGUUUUCUACUCUACAUUCUUCAUUUCUUAGUGCUGAGGAAGAAGUGGCUUCAAAUCAACACUUGAGCUGCUCUGACCAUGUCCCCUCUAGUUAGUAAUGAGGGGAUUAUGAGUUGGAUUUGCCAAGAUCUGAACCCUUUAUCUGUUUUGUUUCAUGGGAUCAACAACAUGAAGAUAGAAACAGAUUUGAUUUGAAUGUCUCAAGAGAAAAGCCGCUAUUUUUUAAAUAUUCUCAGCUUUUCGUUUAUCUCUGCUGUCAAAUUUGUGCCAUGACUACCAAACGCGCCUACAAGCUGCAGGAAUUUGUGGCACAUUCUUCCAGUGUUAAUUGCCUCAAAAUUGGGAGAAAAUCGUCGAGAGUUCUUCUUACUGGAGGAGAAGAUCACAAGGUCAAUCUCUGGGCUAUCGGUAAGCCCAAUGCUAUACUGAGUUUAUCUGGACAUACUAGUGGAAUUGAUUCAGUAAGCUUUGACUCUUCAGAAGUCCUAGUGGCUGCUGGAGCUGCAAGUGGCACAAUCAAGCUUUGGGAUUUAGAGGAGGCAAAGAUUGUUCGAACGCUGACUGGUCAUAGAUCCAACUGCAUAUCUGUGGACUUUCAUCCUUUUGGGGAGUUCUUUGCGUCUGGUUCAUUGGACACAAAUCUUAAGAUAUGGGAUAUCAGAAAAAAGGGUUGUAUUCAUACUUACAAGGGCCACACUCGAGGGGUCAAUGCAAUCAGAUUUACCCCAGAUGGCCGUUGGGUUGUAUCUGGUGGAGAAGACAACACUGUGAAGUUGUGGGAUUUGACUGCUGGGAAGUUAUUGCAUGAUUUCAAGUGUCAUGAAGGGCAGAUUCAGUGCAUAGAUUUUCAUCCCCAUGAGUUUCUACUGGCAACAGGUUCUGCUGAUAGGACUGUCAAAUUUUGGGACCUUGAGACCUUUGAACUAAUUGGUUCAGCUGGGCCUGAGACUACUGGAGUGCGUUGUUUAACCUUCAAUCCUGAUGGGAGGACUCUACUUUGCGGAUUGCAUGAAAAUCUGAAAGUUUUCUCCUGGGAACCAAUAAGAUGCCAUGAUGCUGUGGAUGUGGGAUGGUCUAGAUUGUCUGAUCUCAAUGUACAUGAAGGAAAGCUUCUUGGCUGCUCAUAUAAUCAAAGUUGUGUUGGAGUAUGGGUUGUGGACAUCUCGCGUAUUGAACCAUAUGCACCUGGAAUUGUUAAUCGAUUCAAUGGUUAUUCAGAAGCUAAGUCAGGUGCAAGUGGGAAUCAAGCAAUAUUGACUGAAUCCACAGCAAAGACCAGUUUGGGAAGGUUAUCAGUUUCGCAAAAUUCAGAAUCUUUAGUAAAGGAAACAAAAUCUCUUGCAAGGUUGUCAGUUUCUCAAAAUUCUGAUCCUGUUAAGGAGUCAACAAAGGAGUCAAAGGUUUUGGCAUCCACAGGAAAUCUACCUGGUACGCCACAAAGGGUCAGCUUGAACCCUGGUGUGAAGAAUACCAUGGCUGGUCCAAUAACAGGUAACGCAGCAGCUCCAAAAAGGAAUCCUAUAAAGGCCCAAUUAGCAGUUAAUGCACCAAUCUUCAACAAGGCAGAUAUUGUACCUGUAAUUGUCCCUAGAACUAAUAUGAGGCCUGAAUCAGUAGCUGAAUCUAGAAAAGAUAUUGGUAUUGCUGGAAGAACAAUGCCAUUUUCUUUGCAGUCAAAGACGAGUGAUUACAGGAAAUUUCCCAGUGGCAGAGAUGAUGUGGAUCAAUCAACUAUUUCUAUCCCUUCUGAGUCUCCAAGUUCCAAGUCUACAGAAUUGAGCACUAUUGCAGAUAGGAAUACUAUUCCUAUAGUUAAAGGCUCACUUCACGGAUUGUCAACUGUAGAGAGGAAUAUUAAAGAUGAUAGACCUAUUGGAUCAGGAAAACAGGAUUCAAAUUUGACAACAGAACUGCCUGUGAGAUACCAGGAGGAAAAUUAUGGACAUAAAGGAAAUCGAGAUGUGACCUUGACAGAUAAUCAGAAAGGAGGAAGAAUGCAUUCACUUGUCGUAAAUUGGGAAAAAAGGGGGAGAUCUCCUAAUUACGAUGGACCAACUUUUGGGUGUUUUCCGGGGACAUCUGCAGUCAACAUGCUUCCUUUCAAUACGAUUAAACAGAGAGGGCCUGCCCAAUCUACUGAAAAUGAAACAGUUUCUGCUGAUAAUGAGGAUGCUAUCGCAGAUGUGAUGGAACAACAUGAUCAGUUUAUUAGCUCCAUGCAGUCUCGCUUAGCAAAGUUACAGGUUGUAUAUAGAUAUUGGGAAAGAAAUGAUGUUAAGGGGGCCAUUGGUGCAAUGGAGAAGAUGGCUGAUCAUGGUGUUCUUGCAGAUGUAAUCAGUAUUGUGACCGAGAAAACUGACAUUGUGACAUUGGAUCUUUGUACUGGUCUUCUGCCAAUCCUUGCUGGCCUUCUUGAAAGCGACAUGGAUAGGCAUUUGAGUGUCUCUCUGGACAUGCUGCUUAAGCUGGUCAGAACGUUUGGUUCAAUGAUCUACUCAACUAUCUCAGCAUCAACAUCUGUUGGUGUAGAUAUUGAAGCAGAACAAAGGUUGGAACGUUGCAACCUCUGCUUUGUAGAACUUGAGAAAGUCAAGCGUUGUUUGCCUAACCUCGUGAGAAGAGGGGGCUCAGUUGCAAAGUCCACACAGGAGCUGAAUCUAGCUCUUCAAGAAGUUUCGUGAGUGAACACAAGUUCUGAGCCGAAUGCUGCUUGUUUUUAGCCUAACAUGAGAUUUCAUUAAUAUAUCUCUGGAAGAAGACCAAGUUGUGUACUUUACGAAUUGUAACUGCUCUUGAUGAUGUCAUCAGAUUCUCGGAGCUUUUCUAUUGUCUGAUCUUAGCCCUCCAUGUAUAUUCAUGCUUAAAUGGAGGGGUUAACUUGCAGCUGAUUCCUACCCUAUUAACUGUAACCUGAAGACUAAUGGAUGUGUCCUACAUGCUACUGGUUGAUGCACAGUUUUGGCGAAUAUCAGUAUGUACCAUCUUAGUGGAAGAGUAAGGAUCUUAGCCACUUCAUUACUAAUAUGAUAAUCUCUACCCUACAUGUGGCACAUAACAUUGUAUCUUUCGGGAUUGGUCCAUUCAUUAUAAAUAUUACUUUUACUAUUCUUUUACAUGUAUGGACCGACUGUCAAAUGGAGCUUUUCUUCUUGUACUGUGGCUGAGCUAAUAUGAAGUAAAAUUUUCAAGUUGA